AUGAUCGCGCUGUCUGAUUACGCAGGGCUGUACUUUCAUUUCAACGUAAAGGGCUCGACUCUCAAGGCAGCAGUAGAAGCGAGGGCCGUUGCUGAUGGGGGCGCGAGCAAGGGAUGGUUCGCUAUAGGCUUCUCCGAGACAGGCAAAAUGACGGGUUCCGAUGUAGUUCUUGGAAACUACAUUCCGUCCACCAAUAAGAAGGUUCCUGUGAUGCCCAAGCCGGGAAGAACCGGCGGCUCGCAGUCAGGCGCGAAUGGUACUGCGACCAACAACGGUACUGCUACCAACAACAGCACUGCGAGUGGUGGGACGGGGAGUGACGGCAGCGGGGCUGGAAGCGGGAGUACGAACAGCACGGAAAUUGGUAACAGUGGUAACAGUAGUAACAGUAGUAGUAGUUACCCUGUAAGCAGUAACGUGGGCACGGGUGGCAAGAGCAACGGUGGGUUGGUGGGAGCAUUCAACAUGCAGAGCCUCACCAUGGGGACGUAUGCUAUGGCGGACAACUUCAAAAUCGCGAACACCUCCGUUACAGUCACGAAGGGCGGCACUGUUGUAAGGUUCACGAGGAGCGGAUCUGGUGGGUCGGUGCCAGUGAAGUAUGAUGGGCUCAACACGGUCAUCUGGUCCUACUCCUGGAAUGGCGCUACCAAGGUGUUUGGAGGACAUAUGAGACACAGGGGAAGUGCAGUGAUAAAUCUGGCAUGCAAAGUGUUACCGCUCGUGAAAAUUAAGUUCUAA